AGACUUCAAAUAUUUGGGAUCAAAUUUUUAGGGUUUAAGCUUUUUCUUCUCCAACCCUCUGUUCCUUUUUGAUUCGCGUUUCUGUUUCCAUAACUCAAUCGAUAGAAGAUGAGGAAGCUGAAGUUUCAUGAAAAGAAGCUACUGAAGAAGGUCAAUUUCUUGGAAUGGAAGAGAGAAGGAGGUCACAGAGAAGCUCAGGUUAUGCAUCGGUAUCAUGUUACUGGCCGUGAUGAUUACAAGAAGUACUCGAGUUUGUGUAGAAUGGCACAGAAACUAGUGAACAUAUUGAAGCAGAUGGAUCCUAGAGACCCUUAUCGAAUCGAGAUGACGGAUGCCCUCCUUGAAAAGCUGUACAACAUGGGUGUGAUACCAUCUCAAAAAAGCUUAGCGUUGUGUGAUCGCUUAUCCGUUUCUUCAUUUUGUCGACGUAGGCUUGCAACUUUAUUGGUGCGAUUGAAAUUUGCCGAACACUUGAAGGAAGCUGUGACAUAUAUAGAACAAGGGCAUAUCCGAGUGGGCCCAGAUACUGUUACCGAUCCCGCAUUUCUAGUAACAAGAAACAUGGAAGAUUUCGUCACUUGGGUAGAUACAUCCAAGAUUAAGAGAAAAGUCAUGGUGUAUAACGAUAAGUUGGAUGAUUAUGAUGCAAUGGUCUGAGAAAAGAUCCUCAAAAAAGUUUUCAUUUGCCGUUGGCGGAACACCACGAAGGUUAUGCUUCUUGUCCCUAUGUCGAGAUCCAUAUUCAUGGCUUUUAUGACAUUUGGCGUUAAACAUGAUCGCUCGAAGGUCCAUAUGGGGUUGCUUGUAUUUGAUUUUGUCAUCCUUUAUUGUCUUCUUGAUUGUUAGAUAGUUUAAUGCUACUUAAAAAUUUGAUUCGUGAUCUCGUGUUUUAUAUUUAAUCGAUGAAUGGGAUCCCUGAGGUAUAAA